UCUCCGCAAAUUGCUCGCAACCAAACGUGCAUGGCCCGGCUACAUUUAAACGCCCCAUUGGUAGCCGCGUUUCAAUUUACUCCCAUGUUCCCGAUGUGUGUUACCUUGCAUCAUUCGUGCCGACCUCGUUCUAUCAAGCCCCACUUGUUCCUAGAUUACGCACCCGCACUACUCUUUCUACCCUUCCGGCAAUUAGCUUCUUUUCCUGUCUUUCUUCCUUGCCAUUACAGAUUUUGCUGAGGCUACUUUCAUAUCUUCUACUGGCGGAGUCGUGAGCAAGGCAGACGGUCGCAAAGGUUGUUGUGCAUCCUCGGUUCUUGAGGAAUUUAUGACGUACACGAGCCGCUUUAUUUUCCCGCCGCUCUGCUUGUUUUCACUGAACUAAUUCGCUACUUCUAUAUCAGUCGUAGACGAAAAGCUCUCGUAAGCGGAUUACAACUCGCACUAAGGAAAAAAGAUAGACGUUUUGUGAUGGGAGCAAGUUCUUCAUGUUAUGAACGAGUUAAUCUUCUGCCAUUAUUCAUCUGUAUAAUCUUCCGCGUAAAAUGUUAUAAUUGGUCUUACUCGUCUGUUCCCAAAAUUAUUUCAUCGUCAUAUUGUUCACUAUUUUAUCAGCUACUGAAAACAAAAUUCAAGUAAAGGAGAAAGAGAGGAUAAAUCAAACUCUUAGCGUCGUAUGACUGAUUAGAAUAAUGAUUUUGCAUUCAACAGGUGUGAUGUUUGUGUGAAUAGAAACGAAUAAUUACUCCCUGAUGUUUAGAGAUAGAUCGGACAAGACCCGGCAAACCAAGACAUUUCUGAGCUACAUCAUAACAAACGAUUAAAGUGCUAAAAGAAACUAAAUGGUUGAGCAAAGGAUUAAGCAAACAGUCAUCUCUAAAAUGGAGAGCAGCCAUAUGGAGGCUCCAUUGUCGUACUACCAGCUGAGGAAGAGGGCAGCCACCUGGCUUCGAUGUGGAACAUUAUCAUCCCUCAUCCUCACGCUAGCAGGUGUAGCCAUGAUCAUCCUAGGCAUCCAAGGUACCCCUGCAUCUUAUAACAUCAAAUGGAUUGGUAUCGCAGCCUCUGCCUCAGGAGGGAGUCUCCUCCUCUUACUACUCCUCAUCUCACUCAUAAUGGCUAGCUUUUGCCCCCAGGAGGGUGGAGGUAGCAUACAGGUACAGGGUUUACCCCCGCCAUGUACCCCUUCUCAUCAUCAUAUGCACUCACACCAGCAUGCUGUUCCGUCAGGUUCAGGGGCUCUCACACCCACCUCCAGACAUCCUCCUGCCAUGGACGGUAUGCAGUGGAUGGUCUAUUAUCAUCCAUCUAAACAUCAACAAUUAGAGCAUUCCAUUCUGUACCCAAUACCUGGAUUUAACCAUGGGAUAAGUUCAUCAGUUGGUGGUUCUAACGGAGUACAUAAUGGCGGUCAAUGGGCGUGGCGAGCUCACAAUACAACCAUUCAGCCUCCGCCACAGUACUCCUCGUUAUACCCCGAUCCAAAUGGAAACUGCAUUGGACUAACCACAAACCCAAACUGCAAUCUAAACGCCAACAACGUAGCAAGCACAGCAGGGGGAUCAGCGCGAGAAGGUCAGGCUGCAACUACGCCAACAAGCACUGCUGCGGCAACGUCUCCUUCAGAACAACGUACCCUGCAGCGCCCUCAGCGACUAACUCCACCUCUCCUGUUACGUUGUUCUCCGUCUUCUGAUCGGCACGUCCAUCACCAUCAUCACACGCAUUUCCGACAGGGUACGCGCUGUCCAUCACCUUCACCUUCAAGUCAGUCGUGUAGGACACCAACCCCUGGAGAGCAUCGAUCGACUUCGACAUCACCAGGACAACAGUCGUUUGGCCAAUCGUUUGCCCAACAAGCCGUACGCGGCUCUCCGACUACUCCACAAAAUCCACAACCUCGUAAGGCAUCGCCACAAGAUAACCACGCUUGUCGACAGCAUCAGUUAUCAUCACCUUCAUCGCAACAGAUGCAUCUAUUUCAUCCCCAACAUCCACUAAAUCUUCCUCUAAAGCAGAGCCCACUGACUGGAGCGAGCCAACUUCCUUCGACAUCAAGGAGAUCCUUCCAUUCAUCUCUACCGUCUACUCCUUUACUUGAAAGCGUGGAUGAGACCAGAAAUACAAGCGAUUGUGUGUGACACUCAGUGAACGUGAAACAUGGACAAGAUGGAAGUGAGUGAGUGGCAAAAAAAGAAACUAGUGUCCAUUUGUUAAAAAAGAAGGAUGCAAAUAUUAAUAAUCAUUUGAAAAAAAAUUAUACAUGUUAGAAAUCAGUUAUAGUUAUUGAAAACUAUAGGCAACAUCCACGUCUGUCUUGUAAUCAAAGUAACAAACAAAAAUGGGAGAUUGCGUUUCUUAAAUUGACUUUCUUUAAAACAUAUCAUUCCUUGGCUGGAUAACGAGAAUGCUUAUAAUUAUGUAUUGGUUUUGUUGAUAGUUUUCUUUUUUUUUGUCUUUGUUUCGUUGAAAGAUAAGUGUUUGAAGGGUACAUGAACUUUAAAUUCAUUCAUUUACUUGUUUGGAUUUCAGAUCAUAUUUUGAUUUUCAUUAUUUUCCAAAUGUUCAUGACAGGUUUAUCAAUAAUUAUGACCCUGUCAACAGUAAUUCAUCCAAACAGCGACGAAGGGGUAUUCUGAAGUUAAAAAGACGAGACUUUCCUGUCUCCUGCAGGGAAAGUGAUCUGCAGGAACUUAACAAAAAUUCACUUCAGUUUGAUUUAUUUCGUUUGAUAAAAAAUGCCUGUGAUUGUUAGAACCGUCCACAAACAUUUCAUCCGGGUGAUUUUAGGAAAAUUAAAGUGGCAAAACCUUAAAUGAUGCAGAAAGGGAGGUGCAAUACAUCAGACUCUUUCAUGUACUCGUUCAUGUAUACUUUAAAGAGAUUUUUGAGGAGGUAAUAAAGGCCUUCUUAAAUUGAUCACUCAAACCAUAUUGGUGAAGCUUCGAUGGAAACAUAACGCGGGAGGCACUCGUCCCCCCCCCGAAGGUUCGUAAUUUCGAAACAUAAACGAAAAUGAAAUAGGGUCGAUUAAUCCGAGAAAUAAAUGUCGGAAUCACCAACCCUAUUUCAAUCUUUUGCAUUAUAAACCCUAUUUUAUUUUCAGAAAUACGAACCUUCGGAAAAAACGACAUGUAACCCGUCAGUCAAAUGUUUGUCAUGAUUUGAAUUCUGUAGGAAAAUAUUUACAUAAGUAUAGUUGUAGUAAAUCCGUCCGUGUUAGUAUUUUUCAGUUUCUUGCAUCGCUCAUUUGUGUACAGAUCUAAACCAAGUAACAAAUACAUUUUGCGACAUUCAUUCAAAAGAGAGCGUGAAGUGCAAAAGGAAUUAUGCUUCAAAAUUAUGGACAUUGAAAUAUUGCUAAAAAUCAGAUGUGCAAGUGUUUGGUGUACUGGUCAUUUGGACUGCAUUCAUUUCGUUUAUCAUUCUGGGUUUGUGCGUGGUAAAAUAAUUACUGAAAGGAGCAGUCGUUUCACUAUUCCUAGAUUUUGUAAACAUUUCUUUUUUUGUUUGUGUGUGUGUGAAUACAUUUAUAAUAAUAUGGAAAAUGUAUUACAUAAAUCAAUUUUGAUAAUGCUUUCUAAAAACGAAAUAUAUUUCAUUAUUUAUUUCCGGCCAUGCAAAACGGCAAAAUAAAGUUGUUUGCAUUACGAAUUUACAGUUAUUUUAAUGACUAAAGGGCAAUAGGAAAACAUUGAAGUUGUUCAGUAUACAAUUCAUCAAUGAACGUGGGUUGAUAACGUGUGUACAAUUACUGAAAGACAUGUCAUAUGAAGUACUUUUAAAUUGUCCGUAGAUUAGUAUAAGUUAUAUUGCUUGGCAUACAUGCCCCUUCCUAAUUAGUGUAUACUAGACGAUGCCCAUAUUUCAUUCCAUUUUUGAUACCUGCAGAUUAUCUGUUAAUUAUAAUUUUUUGUUCUUCUUUUAAUUUAUGAAUAAUAAGAAAUGCUUGUGAAGUGAGAAUAAAAACAGUAUUAACCAAACA